AUGGAGAUUACUGUCCUUAUUAAACCUGAUAAUAAAGCUUGGUGUGUUAUGGGGGACUUUAAUGAAGUAGUUUCUCAGGCUGAGAAGGUGGGGGGUAAACUGAGGGGUGAAGCUCAAAUGGAGAAAUUUAGGCAGGCUCUGAUGUCUAAUGGCCUUUGUGAUAUGGGUUGGUCUGGUUGCCAGUACACAUGGAGCAAUAAGCACUCUGAUAAUUCUUUCACAGAGGAAAGAUUAGAUCGAGUUGUUGCUAAUGGGAAGUGGACUGAUUUGUUUAGAGACAGAACUAUUGAAAUCAUACAUGCCACACAAUCGGAUCAUAAAGCCUUGUUGAUGCAUUUGGCCUUUGGUUUAGCCAGCAGAAGAUUAAAAAGAAGGAUUUUCAGAUUUGAGGCAAGUUGGGCCUUGGAUGAGGAUGGUAUACCAGUAGUUGAGAGGGCUUGGGGUAGUAGUGGUGUUGGUAACCUUAAAGGUGUCCACGAGAAGCUAAGGAGGUGCGAGAUAGGACUAGUUAGCUGGAGUAGACAGAAAAAAAUUGAAGCUGAGCAGGUUUUGAGGUAA